UCUUCAAGCUUGCUCACACUCUUAAAAUAUAUAUUGAGUGCAAGAAAGAAAGAAAGAAACAAGAAGAAAGUUUUGUAAUACCAAAAGGAAGGAGCACAAAAAAGAUGGAGUUUCAACUUCUUUUUUGUUGUACGGUUUGCUUUGUAGUUAUGGUUUAUGGUUACAAAGGACGAGGUGAUGAUCAUGCUGAUCAUAGGUCAGUACCAGCUAUGUAUAUCUUUGGAGAUUCAUUAACUGAUAAUGGUAACAACAACUACAUACCAGCUAUUGCAAGGUCUAAUUAUUUUCCUUAUGGAAUCGACUUCGGCUAUCCAUCCGGACGAUUUUGCAACGGUCUCACCGUUGUCGAUUAUGGCGCACAAAUGCUAGGACUACCACUCAUACCACCGUAUCUAAGUUUGGCGUCCAAAGGAACAAAUAUAGGCUUAGAAGGAUUUAAUUACGCAUCAGCUGCAGCAGGAAUACUCGACGAAACUGGAGGAAACUAUGCAGCAAGGGUAUCAAUGAAUGCACAACUAUUGAUGUUUGAAAAGACCAUAAAAUUGCAAUUACCAAGUAAAUUCAAGAGCCAAGAGGACCUCGCAGAAUAUUUGUCUAAAUCGAUGUACUACAUAGCGAUGGGUAGUAAUGACUACAUAAACAACUAUCUCAUGCCUAAUCUGUAUCCCAGCAGUAAACUCCUCACCCCUGAAGGCUUUGCUGAUUACCUCAUUUCCACCUUAUCCAAUCAACUUGUGAGAUUGUACAAUUUGGGAGCGAGAAAGAUGGUGCUGGUUGCAAUAGGGCCACUAGGGUGCAUACCUAGUCAAUUAAGCAUGGUUAACGGAGAGCAUGGUUGCAUAGAGCACGUCAAUUACUUGGUCAGGGUGUUCAACAGUCGACUCUUGCAGCUUUCGAAAACGCUCACCUCAAACUUACCAGGCGCAACUCUAGUCUUCCAAGAUGUUUACAAGGCCGUUAAUGAUAUGGUUCAGAACCCCAACAAAUUUGGGUUAACAGUGGUAAACCAUGCUUGCUGUGGCAAUGGAAGGUAUGGUGGUGCAGUUACUUGCUUGCCUUUGGAGAAGCCAUGUCCAAACAGGAACAAAUAUGUCUUCUGGGAUGCUUUCCACCCAACCCAAUUCGUCAACCAAGUGAUAGCAAACAGAAGCUUUAGGUCUGAAGCUUCGGUUGAUUGCUAUCCCAUAAGCGUUGGACAACUCGCAAGAUUAUAAGAAAAAAGUCAGAUACUGUACGCAGAAAAACCAAAAAGAAAAAAAGAUCAAACGUACAAGUGAAAAAGAAGAUUAAAUUUGUUAGUGAUGCAUGCAUUUGUUAUUUAUAUACUCUAAACACCCAACCACAAAGUACACAUAGUGUUCCUUUGAUCCAUGCUGCGCAUAUAUUAUAUAAAUGAGCUUUCUGUUUUUAUUUUCA